CGCGUCAUUUGUUAAGGUUUCGCGGAGACUGGCAGUAAUACAUGUUUUGUGGAGAGAAGAACGGGUUUGUUUGAUUUUUGGAUAAUUAGAGUGAACAAAGUACCUGUGUGUUGACAGACUGGCGUGUAGCCAUCUGCCGUAAGUUCCUCCCCGCACGCAGUUGGACACGAAACAGGAAAAGUCUCUAACCACGAAGAACAUCAGCUUCGCUCAACUGCUUUGCGCUGUAUAUAUAGCCUACAGAAACAGGACCUCCGCCGUCACAGCUGCCGGUGACCAUGUCCUUCGUGGGAGCGGCCGUGCUGUGGGCAGCGGCGCGCCGGCCGGGCCCAGCGUUUCUCCGCCCUGUGGCGUUUCGCUGGUACAGCAGUGCCCCAGAGCACACCUCACUGAAGAGCGUCCCCUACGGGACGACGCUGAAGCAGGAGGGGGGUCCCAGCGGCCCCAGCAAGCCACUGCCCAGAUCUGCGGACGUUGUGGUUAUUGGCGGAGGCAGUCUGGGCUGCCAGACCCUGUACCACCUCGCUAAGAUGGGCAUGAAGAAUGCCGUCCUGCUGGAAAGGGACAGGCUGACGGCGGGGACCACCUGGCACACAGCUGGCCUGCUGUGGCAGCUGAGGCCCAGUGACGUGGAGGUGGAGCUGCUGGCCCACACCCGGCAGGUGGUGAGCAGUGACCUGGAGCAGGAGACGGGCUUGCAUACAGGCUGGAUCCAGAACGGGGGCCUUUUCAUCGCCUCCAACAAGCAACGGCUGGACGAGUACAAGCGCCUGAUGUCGCUGGGGAAGGUGUAUGGGAUCGAGUCGUACGUCCUGUCCCCCGCCGAAACCAAGGACCUCUACCCCCUGAUGAACAUUGAGGACCUGUACGGCACUCUCUAUGUACCUAAAGAUGGGACCAUGGACCCUGCUGGCACCUGCUCCACCCUGGCCAGAGCUGCCACUGCACGCGGGGCCACGGUUAUCGAGAACUGCCCGGUGACGGGGAUCCAAGUGCAGCUGGAUGACCUGGGCGUGCACAGGGUGCGGGCGGUGGUGACCCCACACGGGACUAUCGAGACGCCCUGCGUCGUCAACUGCGCAGGCGUGUGGGCGGAGAAGCUGGGCCGGAUGGCGGGGGUCAGCGUGCCGCUCAUCGCCAUGCACCAUGCCUACGUGGUGACAGAGAGGAUCGAUGGCAUCCAGAACAUGCCCAAUGUGCGGGACCAUGAUGCAUCUGUCUACCUGCGUCUCCAAGGUGAUGCCUUGUCAGUGGGCGGCUACGAGCAGAACCCUAUUUUUUGGGAUGAGGUUUCGGACAAGUUUGCUUUCAGUCUGUUUGACCUGGACUGGGACGUCUUCAUGCAGCACAUCGAGGGAGCCGUCAACCGCAUUCCAGUGCUGGAACGGACCGGCAUCAAGUCCACCGUAUGUGGACCAGAAUCCUUCACGCCAGAUCACAAGCCAUUGAUGGGAGAAGCUCCAGAGGUGAGAGGCUUCUUUCUGGGCUGCGGCUUCAACAGUGCAGGGAUGAUGCUCGGUGGGGGCUGCGGGAGGGAGCUUGCGCACUGGAUCAUCCACGGCCGCCCGGAGAAGGACAUGUACGGUUAUGACAUCAGGAGAUUCCAUCACUCGCUCACCAAAAGCAACCGCUGGAUCCGGGAGCGCAGCCACGAGUCGUACGCCAAGAAUUACUCCGUGGUCUUCCCUUACGAUGAGCCCCUGGCGGGCCGUAACAUGAGGAGGGACCCCCUGCACCAGGUGCUACUGGAGAAAGGCUGUAUCUUUCAGGAAAGACAUGGCUGGGAGCGACCAGGAUACUUCAGUCGGGAAGGUGCCGCUCCUGUGCUGGAUUAUGAUUAUUAUGGGGCCUACGGAACCUCCCGGAAUUCCAUCUACAAAUACAACGACCUUCUCGGCCAGGAGUACACCUUCGACUUCCCUUCACAUCACCCUGUGAUCAGAGACGAGUGUCUGACCUGCAGGAACGCGGUGGCUGUCUUUAACAUGUCCUAUUUCGGCAAGUUCUUCCUGAUUGGUCCGGACGCCAAGCAGGCUGCGGAUUGGCUGUUCUCCGCAGACGUCAACAAGGUUGUGGGGUCCACGGUCUACACAUGCAUGCUGAAUAGGGACGGCGGAGUGGAGAGCGACCUCACGGUCAGCCGCAUCGAGCCGCCGGCCGCCGGCCAGUCGCCGUUAGCGCCUGCGUUUGAAGGCCAUGGCUACUACCUGGCAGUGGGAGGGGCCGUGGCCCAGCACAACUGGAGCCACAUUCAGGCCGUCUUGCAGGACAGAGGCUUCCGCUGCUCGCUGCUGGACCGCUCGGAAGACAUCGGCAUGAUCAGCAUCCAGGGGCCCAAAAGUCGUGACCUGCUGCAGGAUGUCUUGGACACGGACCUCAGCAACGAGGCCUUUCCGUUCUCCACCCACAAGCUGGUGCAAGCUGCAGGACAUCAGGUGCGCGCCAUGCGUCUCUCAUUUGUCGGUGAGAUGGGAUGGGAGUUGCACAUCCCCCGGGAGUCCUGUGUGCCCGUGUACCAGGCCGUCAUGGCAGCUGGUGCCAAGUACGGUCUCUGUAAUGCCGGCUACCGAGCCAUCGACUCCCUGAGCAUCGAAAAAGGGUACCGGCACUGGCAUGCGGACCUGCGUCCCGACGACUCGCCGCUGGAAGCUGGCCUCGGCUUCACCUGCAAGCUCCGCGGCUCCAUCCCCUUCCUGGGCCGCGAGGCGCUGGAAACCCGGCAGGCCCGCGGGCUGCGGCGCCGCAUCCUCUGCUUCACCGUCAGCGAGAAGGUGCCGAUGUUUGGCCUGGAGGCUAUCUUCAGGAACGGGACACCCGUAGGCCACCUGCGGCGGUCCGACUUCGGCUUUGCCCUCGAUAAGACCAUUGGCUACGGCUACAUCCGCGACCCGGAUGGGGGGGUGGUAAGUGCUGAUUUUGUUAAAAGUGGGAAGUUCACCAUAGAAAGGAUGGGUGUUGUCUACAAAGCCGCAGCCCAUCUGAAGUCGCCCUUUGACCCGGAAAACAAGCGUGUGAAGGGGAUCUAUUGAUUACCUGACAGGUUGAGGUACUGCCGCUACAGCCAGUAUUAUCUUGUUAGGAGCGCCUGGAGGUGCCUUGAUCACAUGGUCCGUUGUGACAGCGCACACUUUGCAGUGUAGCUAGUUUGCUCUGAUUGUUGAAUGGAUUCAACUCAAUACUAUCCUCCUCAAACCUAAUGUGAUCAUCCACUGUAUUUCACAAUUCAUUAGCCUCAAAAAAGAAAACGAACAUGGUAAUCUCAAAUGGUGCUUAAAAUUUUCCAUGUUGUAGCCAUGUGAGGAUAACCAAACGAUGUUCACUGUGAAGGUCUUAGAUUUUCCUACAACUAAAUUCUGUUCUUGUAAUAAUAAUCUGAUAAUGAGUUACUAAGCAGCUCUUCCUGUUUACUGCGUGAGAUGACAUAUAAAUAUUUUAAUAUUGUCUUAAUUGUAAAGGUGAGCAUCCUGGAACCUGUUUAAGGUGGUAUGGAAUCUCAUCUUAACUUGACUAUUUGUUUACAUGGGUGAACUAAUACUAGGCAUAAUUAAAUGUUAAAAUGUUUAUUUUAUAGUAUUAAUUGCAUUUCUGAAGUCAUUUCUAUUCCAGAAACCUGUCAUCCAAAACCAUACCGAGCAUUUAUAUCACGAAAGGUAUCAUUACUGAGGCGAUAUUUUUGUUUCUGUUUUUGAAUGUUCUAGAUAAUUGUUAAUUAUGGAGGUUAUUUGUUGUCUAAAUAAACCAUUUCUCAGCACUAGCUGGUUUACAAAACAAAAUGAUUUCGUGUUUAUCAUCUUCAGAAGAACGGAUUGUGAACUUCUGGAGCCAAUUCCAUGAAUUCUGUAUCCUCUUCCACUGUUGAGUGUCCUCAAGAAAAUGUCUAAGGACAGCUUUGUCACUUUUUGUUGAUCUCACUGAAGUCACUGUACUUUACUGUCACACAGUAGAAUUCUAUUUCCGUGUGUUGUAGACCCAUUUGUGCCAGUCACAGCAGUCUGAAAAAUCUAAGAAGACUUUGUGUGACCCUAACAUGAAUUAUUUUCAGUACACUUCAUUGAAACUUGCUUUUCCCAUUGCCUGUGUGGGUCAUUGUAAGUGUGGUAACAAUAGUAAUCAGUGCUCUCUGGAACCAGGAAAUUCUUGGUACUGCUAAUAAUAUCAAUGAUCUCGCUCUGAAUCCUGCAUUUUCAUGUCCUGUAGAUGUCACAGCAGUACAUGUCAUAUUCAGAGGUUUAUUGUAUAAACAGAUACAUGUAUUUGGACAUAUGUUAAGAACCUGUAAUUUUGUAAUGGCGUCACGAUGAAGUUGAAUAAUAUCACAGUGUAACAACAGGUUGUAGGUGACUGCUAAAAUAAAGCAAACCCUUGAGUAAAUGAAA